AUGCUGGUAACCUAUUUGGAAGCCAGCCGGGACCUUUGCGAGACGGACUCAGUUCUUUUUGGCGCCGCAGUGGCAGCUUGCCGUAUUAUUGGCGCCAAACUUCCCAUGGCUGGACGCGCUACUAAACAAAGUAGCGCCAUCCCAGCCUGGAGAAAAAGAAUUGAGGACCGUAUCGCAAAGGCAAGGGCCCUUAUCGGCAGACUGAUAAGCUUCAGGUCGGGUAAUAAUAGACCGAGGGUUGUGCGCACCGUUAGAAUGGCGUUUGCUGGGACAAAUAUCAGUUUGUCCCAGCCGGAUAUCACGCAGAAACUAACGGAGCGCAUAGACGACCUGAAGCAAAAGAUUGCUGCUUGGGGGAAGCGGAUUCGCCGAUUUACCGAGAGGUCAAGGCGGUUCAACCAGAAUCGUCUCUUCCAGAGUGAUCAGAAGAGGCUCUACAAAUCAUUGGAGCGACCAGAGGUAUGUGGAGCGGGCCCAGGACCGGAUCAGGCUAACACUGUCGCAUUUUGGCGUGGCCUGUGGUCAGAGCCCGUAAACCACAGCGAGUGCCCUUGGACGGAAGUUGUGGCGAGUCAUUGUGCGAAUAUUACGCCCAUGGACCCCGUCAUCAUAACGCCGGAUGACGUAGCUGAGGCGGUCCGUAGAGCCCCGAACUGGAAAAGUCCGGGACUCGACGGACUGCAUCACUACUGGCUGAAGGGGUUCAUGGUGUGUCACGCUGUGCUCGCCCGUCAGUUUCAAGAGGCUCUCAACCAGAAGUCGCUCCCUAGCCUCUUCACUAAUGGGAUCACUCAUUUGGUUCCUAAAGACCAGAGAACCCUUCCAAAGUCAAAGGAAGACAUUUUCAUAUUUAAACCAAUAACAGAUAUUCAAAUAUAUACAUAA